AUGAACGUGACUAGCCUGCUGCAUUUCGAGUCGAUGAAGUACAUGGGCGCCCAGACGCAGGCGGCGGCCAUAAAUCAGCACGUGGCCCAGGCCCUCCGCGUCUUCAUCGAGGACUUCUACCAGCGGAUUGCCCCCGCCUUCAUCGUGAUCCUCUCCUGCCGGCGACCCAGUCCCAUGAACUUCUACCGCACCAUCAUGCAGCUGCUCUACGAGAGCGUGGACACCAUGAUCAUCCAGUUGGUCCUGGUCGAUCUCGGUCGUCCGCGGCGGAUUGCAGGACCAAGGACGCACAAUCUGCUCCUGGUGGACUCGCUGGAUGCGCUACUAGACAUCGAAAUCCACACGUACACGGCGCAGUCGGAUGCCAGCGAGUACUACUUCAUCUUCCUGCAGCAGAGGGAUGCGUUGAUUCCGCAGGACAUGCAGGGUGUUUUCGCGUACUGCUGGCGCCACCAGCUGAUCAACUGCAACGUGAUGACGCAGAGUUCCGGUGGUCAGGUGCUGCUCCACACGUACUUUCCCUACGCGCCUGGCCAAUGCAACGACUCCCGGCCCACCAGGAUCAACCAGUUCCUGGGUGAAUCCUGGCAGCAUCGCGACUACUUUCCCUCCAAGCUGCACAAUCUGAAUGGGUGUCCUUUGGUGGUACUGGCUAGAAGAGUGUCGCCCUUUUUCGAGCUGGAUGAGGGACAACGGGAGCUGCGGGGCCUGGAGGGACGACUGCUGCAUGAAUUGUCCUGCCGGAUGAACUUUAGCAUUCGGUUCGAGGGCCUGCAGGAUCAGAAGAGGAACCACACCACCUGGUCGGAGAUGCAACUACUCCAGAAACUGGUGCAAGGACACCUGGCCCACCUGGCGAUUGGUUACGUGAGGAAGCGCAUCCAGUACUCGUCGAACCUGACGCCCGUCUUUCCCCACUACUCCAACCGCCUGGUGGGAUGUCUGCUGCUCAACGCCCACAACCUGACCAGCCGGGAGAUCUGGUCGUUUCCGUUCCAGGCGCUCACCUGGAUCUGCCUGUUGCUCUUCGCCAGCUGGCUGUGCUUCGGCCUGAUCGUUAGGUCCAUGUACUCGGCUCUGCUGUUCCUGAUCCUGCGGUAUCAUCUGCACCAGCGAUUGCCGGAAAGUCUGCAGGAUCUGGCCGAAGGUGGCUAUGGAGCGGUGAUGAGUCGGGUCACGUGGCAGGAUCUGAGGGAAGUGCCCAGCCUGCAGGAGCUCCUCGGACUCAAGUCGCUGGUUGUGUCCUCGGAGAGGGAGGAUGAGGUGCUGCGCCAGUUGGACAGAUGUUCGCUGCGAGAGGGCAGCGGCUCGCAUGCCCUGUUCUUUGGCCUCCUCUCCCAGGAUGCACUGCUCCAUCUCACCCAGCGGUGCCAUCGGGCGGGAUCGUAUCACAUUAUCCCCCAGCACGUUUUGGAGCAGCAGCUGGCCAUCUACCUGCAGAAGCACUCGCAUCUGGCCGGUCACCUGGACCACCUGGUCAUGUCCAUUCGAUCCGUGGGCCUGCUGCACCAUUGGGCAGGUGAGCUGGCCAGCGAGCGGUAUUUCCGCAGCCGAUUCCUCUACCGGGAGAAGCGCAUCCAGCAGCCGGACCUCUGGGCGAUCUACCUCCUGGCCGCAGGACUCUAUCUCCUUUCGCUGGUCGUCUUUAUCUGCGAACUCCUGGCCGCCAGACGAGCUGCAAAUGGAAGGCUCUAA